AUGCACAAGACUGCAGUCAAUGAUCUACAAGCCGCUGGUUCCAAUGUCCUCCCACGUCUCCUGAGGCUCACAGACGAGAAUUGUGCGGAGGCCGCGUCGCUGCAGCAUGAACCGGAAGAUUUUGCCAAAAAGCUCAGCAAGACCCUCAACGUCGAGGAGGGUGCGGACCCCCCGAGUCCCGGCCCAGGUCACCCGGAUAGCUGCGCCGCGCGCACGGAGGCACACGAAAAGCGCAAGCACGUCAGCCCCGUCGACAACGGGCCGCAACCAGAUUUCCCCAAACAGGAGUAG